GGGGGCGUGCACACGUGUGCGCGUUGGGCGGGGCCUCGGUGCUGAUGAACUACGACGGGAACAUGGCUGCGUUACGGGCCGCCAAGAAGGCCUUGCGCCUGGAGAUGAAGCGGAGGGUAGCGGCGCUGAGCGACACCGAGAAGCAUAGGCAAUCAGUGGCUGUGAGCCGGCAGUUAUUGGCUCAUCCCAAAUACCAGAACUGCCAAAGAAUUGCUGUCUUUUUGAGCAUGUCUGAUGAAAUUCAGACAGAAGAUAUAAUAAAAGACGUUUUCCAGAGUAGCAAAGAGUGCUUCAUUCCACGGUACAAGACUGGAAGCAACCAUAUGGAUAUGGUAAAGCUUAGCUCAGUUGAAGAAAUCUGCAACCUGCCUGUGACAUCCUGGAAUAUUCAGCAACCUGCUGAAGAUGAUUUGCUUGAGGAGGCUUUAAACACAGGAGGCCUUGAUCUAAUCCUAAUGCCCGGUCUUGGUUUCGACAAACAUGGUAACAGAUUGGGAAGAGGGAAAGGUUACUAUGACACUUACCUGGAGCGUUGUGUGACGCAUCCAAAGGGCAGACCCUACACUAUUGCCUUGGCCUUCAAGGAGCAGAUAUGUGAUCUAGUACCUAUAACUGAAAGUGAUAAACCAAUUGAUGAAGUGUUGUACGAGAUGCUAUAGGUGAGUCCAUCAGAGCCUGCGGAUUAGACAGGAAGUUCAUUUUAAAUAAAGGACACUAAUUAUCCAUGAAUGUUGAAAAGAAUAAUCACUUAAUUGCAAAAAUUAUUUAAUGUUAAUAGGAAAGCAAUCUCAAUUUCUGCUGAUCUGUUGUGAAAAACAUUGAUGGCACAGAUGAUAAGAAAUAGAGUAUACCUAAGGAAUUGCUUCAUAAAGCUUGAAAAAUACAGAGGAUUCUGAUUAAUUGGGCCAUUGGUUAAUGGGUGCAGCUGCUUAUUCGGGACAACUUAAAGAACAGAACCUAGCUGUGAUUCCUUUUCUUUAUUUGGGACACUAUAGCACUUAAUUGGGCAGGAAAUUGUUGCUGAACAAUUUCUAAGUAGUGUCAGACACAUACUGCACCGUGCCUAGAGCAAACAGUUUUUAAAUAGUGUCAGUUGCGUGUGAUUGUGUUCAAAAAGCAGUGAUUUUGUCACUGAUAGUUGGCAAGAGAUGAGCAGUAAGACAAUGUAGAAUUGUUUUGCUCACUGUGAUUUCAAGCAUUCAGGGUUGGAGAUGCCAGAAGCGGCGGGAGUGAAAAUGAGAGGAUUUCACUAUUUCAACAAGUUAGGAACUAUGAAGAAUUUGAAAGUACUGACAAUCAUCUUGAAUAUUACAAUGAAAAUGAAGAUUUGGAGGUUGCAAUCAUCGGACAGCAUUGUUGAAGGCAGUCCAUUAUCUACAUGAGCUAAGUUUGUUUAUUUGCGGUCAGUCAAAAGAACAUGGCAAUGUACGUGGAAUUCCUCCGUCAAUAAUUAUUGGAAACUAAUAAUACAGUUAUAUAGUACUAUGGUAGUAUUGAUAGUGUUCUGAUUUGUUCUGUAUUUCAUCUAAGUAAUUUGUUAAUGAGUUAAAGACUAGUUUGUCUUUUUUAUACUUUUUAAUUAAUUUCAUGAAACUUUGGCUAAUAGGGGCAGCCGCUUAAGUAGAUCAAAAUGUACUGUUCCUGAUGUGUCCCAAUUAAAUGGAAUCAACUCUGUAUUUACAGUGAAGGGCCAGAAGGGCCUACUCGAUGCUGUAUGUUGAAAAAUAAAUAAAUACAUUUAUAUAUUUUUAAA